AACGAGUGCGUAAAGGAGAGAGGGGGAUGAACCUAAAACGUUAAUGGACCUGAAAAUGCCCUUAUUUGUAUAAUACUUUACGUAAUUUUUGUGUUAAACGUUAACCAUUUCUCAAGGACAUGUGCAUCGUCAGUUUUCCAGUAGGAAAAUCGUUACAUUUCCUUGCUUUCACUAUCUGAUAGUCACGACGAACGCACGCAUUGAGUCAUAGGCUCAUACCAAAGGGCAAAUUGCAUCAAGUGACUGAGGACGAGACGAGUACAAGUAUGGCUGCGUCACACGUCAGGUCCCAGCAUUGAUUAGGUCUCUGGCUGGCUCGGCUCGCCUCGCCCCUGCUUGCUUCCUCGCUCAUUGGUAGUUGCCAAAACAACUUGUUGCUUACGUGCGAAUUCAUAAUGAAAGAAAAAAUUAUAAAAAUCAACCAGUAACAAAUUUAUGCAUGGAUAAUGACAAAUGGUCUUUGUGCUACAAGUGUUAAGCAGUCAUUCUUACUGUUCUAACUUUUAUUUCCUUGACAAAAACAGGCAGCGGGCGACACCGGCUCACCGCAUAACGAGUGGUCGUUGCUACGAAGAGCAGACGAAACUAGAGUGGGACCGUGGGUGUGGGCGACUCCAUCUAUACGUGUUCCUCACGGGUGGAGUUCGUGCCGGGCACCCUCUACCAAGGCAUCAACCCUCGGACCCUGCCUCAUCCCUGUUAGCAACAACACCACCACCUCAUGCGCCAGUACCCUCCCCUUCCUUCUUGGUGCCUCCCCGGCGUCUGACGGCAGCGAUUCUCUUCCUCUUGAGAAGACGAGGUAAAUAGCCUAUGCAGAGAGCUCUCAGAGCAUACCGCCGCACGACAGGAGCUUACUUGAGAAAUUUGAGAGUGUGUUGAGUAUGUGUAUGCACCGCUUCCGCCUGCUGAUACUCACGGCUGUUUCAAAUGUGACGCAACCCGAAUGAAGUUCGAUUGGAAGGAACGAGUUCGUUAAUCGAUUCAGUGUGAAAUAACUUUUACCCUGUGAAUCUCUAAACGUGUGAGUGACUCCUUUCAUUUAAGGUUCUACAUCGUUUUGAAUGGUUCCUGAUAUUUCAGCGCACUGGGUUUGAGAUUCUGCUACCUGUAUGUUAACUGACUCCCUGAUGUGAAUCAAUGAGCACCUUAUGUAGUCUACUGGUGGAUCCCACGUAAAUCCCUGAAAUACAUUUAAGAUGAGUGGAAACAUAGCAAAAGACGGCAGCAGUGAGAAAAUGGAGAAAGAUAAUUUUGAAGACUUACAGGAUACAGCCAUGGCUGUUAGGGAGAUGGUCAAGCAAAUGCAGAGCACCAAUAUGGAAUUUGAGGAGGACCUCAAUGACCCAACAGAAAAAGCCAUGACUGUGAGGGAGAGACCAAAGCAAGAGAGGCCAAGGAGUGCUGAGAACUCGAGACAGGCAGCUUCAAGAAGAUUUGGAAGAGGCAGGAGAUAUCACAGUUUUCGUGGCCAUGCUGAAAAGUCACAGCAUAGUUUUUCUGGUGAAGGUAGAAACCAAGAUUCAAGCAGAGCCAGCUCCUCAUCGUUUGAAGAGGGUUUUGAAAAUGCAGUAAGUUCGUCGAAUAGUGUGCCGAACAGAGGAAGGCAACGUGGAAAUUAUAGAGUUCGAGGGCGCAGUAGGAGAUAUAGUCAUUCUGGCUUCUCACAAAGGAGUGAAACUGUACCCUCCAGCGGCUCUGAUUAUCAAGGAGGUAUUGAUCCUCGUGAAUUAGUUGAAGUUCUUUCAGAAUGUUCAGGCUUUAGCUCAAGUUUAUUACAGUUAAUGGAGAAAAAUAACAUGAAUCCCUCCAGUGUUCGAGGAGUUGUUGCAUCAUUUGGUCAUAUUUUUGAACUUCAUGAAGAAACGGUGGUGUUGUGUCCAAAAAUUAGCUUAUGCAAAGAUCAUUCUGGUUUUCAAGGUUGUCAAAAUCAGCCUUCUUGUAAUGAUCUUCAUGUCUGCCCACAAUAUCUAACUAGUUGGUGCCAGGAUAAAAAUUGUGUACUUGGCCAUAGGUGGUUUACUGAUCAUAACAAUCAUGUUCUGAACUCAUUUUAUAUAAGGGAAGUACCUGGUCAACAUUUACGGAAAUUAUUACAGUCUGUGAUAGUAAAAGGUAAUGGUACAGGCCAGCUAGAUGUAUGUAAAGACUAUAAUGGAAUGGGAUGUAACAAGCAAGAUUGCUUUGACCUCCAUAUAUGUCACAGUUUUGUAGUAGGUCGCACGAAUUGCACACAUUCAGGGUGUCAGCUUAACCAUAAUAUUCUAGCUAAAGAAUGUUGUCAGUUGUUAAUAAAUAACGGUAUUUCAACCAAUGAAGCCCCACGAGAUGUGAUCCUCGCCCUUCUAAAGGCAAAUCCAACUCUUAAUAACUCCCCUCAAGCACAGAAUGUAAAUGUUAAGAAAGAGUCAAGGCAGCAAAGUGAUGCUGCUGCUGCCAAUGCUCAGCAAGGAAAGGAUGGUAAUUAUGCACCCGGUGCCAGGAGUAGAUCAGGAAAAGACGGCAACAGAUCAAAUGAUAAUGAGGAAAGUGAUCAGAAAAGCAUUAAACUUCCAAAAAAUCAAGUGUCAGAAACUAAAUCUGUUUCAGUAAAAUCGAAAUCAGAACAGAGAACAGUAUGGUCUCAUGACUAUCACGGAGAUAUAAUGGUAGCGGAGAUAUGCUACUAUUCAGUGGAAACCAGGUGUCGUAAUGAGACAAAUGGUUGUCAGCGCAUCCAUUCCACAUUACACUUUCACUGGCAAGUAAGUGAGCAUGGAACCAAUUGGUUUAAUUUGUCCAGACCUCUUGUAGAGGCUUUAGAAUAUUCAUUUUGCAGUGUUGACAAUGAUGAUGUGACUCUUCCCAGGUUGGAUCCCAGUAAGCUAGAGUCUUCCCUGAAAGGCCUUUUUGCAUUAAUGGGACGAGACAAAUGGAAAGCAAACUUUGCAGCUAUGAUAUUGCACAAUUCUGAUUGCUCCAAGAUAAUGUAUUUACGAAGGCUCUGCACAGAGACAAUAAAUGGAAAAGAUAUUCCUCCAAAUACAUAUCAGUGGUACUUCUUGGACAAAAACAGCAAAUGGGUCGAGUAUGGAAAUGUUGAUACUGCUGGAGAGACGAACCUUGUUAGUAGUGUUACCUCAAAAGAUAUUGAAAAACAUUAUAGACAAAAUCCAGGCACACCUCUAAACUUUAGAAAUGCAAGCUAUAAUUACAAAAUCGAUUUUGUAGUAAUGAAACAGACAAACUUGAAUACAAACGUGAGUCGCGAGGUGCGCCGUAGACCUCAGCAACACCUGAAGCCAAAAGGUGGAAGACCUAUUCGUCAAGAUUCUGCUGCAACUGAUAUUCCUGCUACAUGGGAUCCCAUGCAAUCUCAAGAACGAUUUAGGCUUGUAGAGUUAUCACCCACUUCUCAAGAAUUUCAGAAUGUGAACAGACUUUGUGGUGGAAUCAACGUUGUGAAAAUUGAAAGGAUACAGAAUCCUUAUUUGUAUAAAGCCUUUCAGAACAAAGUAAAGGAAAUGACUGCAGUUUAUGGAAGUAUUCAGAAGGUGGAUGUUCGACAGUUGUUCCACGGUACAAAACCAGAUGUUGUUUCAAAUAUAUGUGCUGAAAAUUUUGAUUGGCGACUUCAUGGAACAAGUAGUGGCCAAUCAUAUGGAAGAGGGACAUAUUUUUCCCCCAAUUCUGGUACAUCACUUGGAUACUGCGCGGUUGACAGGCGGGGCUUAAGGUAUUUAUUUAUUGCUCGUGUUGCUGUGGGAUCCAUCACCAGUGGUAACUCAUCCAUGGCACGUCCACCCAUUAAUCCCUCCACGGGUUUUCCCUAUGAUUCAACUGGUGAUGGGCAUACAGUUGUUGUGAAAUAUGAUAAGCAAGAGUACUAUCCUGAGUACAUCAUCACUUUGAAGUAAGUCAUAUGUCUCAACAGAGGUUUCUUUGACGCUCACAAAUUCUGCGUUAUUGCCAAAUAUACGUAUUUAUGUUAUGGGAGCUUGUUAAUUUACGAGCCUGAAUGAAAACUAAAAAGCUAAGCAUAAAUAUUUUUGUUAGGGUACUGUAAAUUACUCAGUAUACUUUUAAACGUAAAAUAUACAUGGUUGUGUCCCAUAUACCUGUUAUGGGUAGCCAUUGUGUGCUUGUUACUGAAUAAUUUACAAGAACAAGAAUAGACAUAUACAUAACAUUCACGGGGGUCCUUGUUUCGUUUUGUUGUAUUAUAUUCAAUGUUGUGCUGCAUGCCUUAUAAAAAACUCAUUAUAGUUUAACUUCAUAAUACUGUUUGGAAACCCAUUUUAUCUUAAUGUGUUUUAAGUAUGCGUAAUAAAUAAGAAUUUUUUGAUGUUCUGUUGCACUAAGGCAAAUGUUGGAUAAAUGAAUAAAUUAAUAAAAACUAA